CUCCCCUCCCCGCGCCGCCCGUGACGUCAGAGCCGGACCCGGUAAACCGAGCGGCGGCGCCGGGGCGGAGACUGCGACCCGGAACCGCCGGACGGACGGACGGAGCCCACAGUGGCCAGGCCGGCAGCCGCAGGCGACCCCGAGCCGCGCCCCGGAGCCAUGGCCCUGAGCGAGUUGGCGGUGCUCCGCUGGCUGCAGGAGAGGCGCCACUCGCAGAAGCUCAUCCUCUUCAUCGUGUUCCUCGCGCUGCUGCUGGACAACAUGCUGCUCACCGUCGUGAUCCCCAUCAUCCCAAGUUACCUGUACAGCAUCGAGCAUGAGAAGAACACUACAGAGAUCCAGACUGCCAAGCCCGUGCUCACGGCCUCCACCUCAGGUAGCUUCCAGAGCAUCUUCUCCUAUUAUGACAACUCCACCGUGGUCACUGGGAACACCACCAGAGACCUUCAGGGCGGGCUGCUGCUCAAGACCACCACACAGCAGAUGGUGACUAACACGUCCACUGCACCUCCCGACUGUCCCAGUGAAGACAAAGACCUCCUGAAUGAAAAUGUGCAAGUUGGCCUGUUGUUUGCCUCUAAAGCCACUGUCCAGCUCCUCACCAACCCAUUCGUGGGGCUGUUGACCAACAGAAUCGGCUAUCCAAUUCCAAUGUUUGCGGGAUUCUGCAUCAUGUUCAUCUCAACGAUUAUGUUCGCCUUCUCCACCAGCUACGCCUUCCUGCUCAUCGCCAGGUCGCUACAGGGCAUCGGCUCCUCCUGCUCGUCUGUAGCUGGCAUGGGCAUGCUGGCCAGUGUGUACACAGAUGACGAAGAGAGAGGCAAUGCCAUGGGGAUUGCCCUGGGAGGCCUGGCCAUGGGGGUCUUAGUGGGACCCCCUUUCGGGAGUGUGCUCUAUGAAUUUGUGGGGAAGACGGCUCCGUUCCUGGUGCUAGCUACCCUGGUGCUCUUCGAUGGAGCUAUUCAGCUCUUUGUGCUCCAGCCAUCCCGGGUACAGCCAGAGAGCCAGAAGGGGACACCACUAACCACCCUGCUGAAGGACCCGUAUAUCCUCAUUGCUGCAGGAUCCAUCUGCUUUGCAAACAUGGCGAUUGCCAUGCUGGAGCCGGCGCUGCCCAUCUGGAUGAUGGAGACCAUGUGUUCCCGCAAGUGGCAGCUGGGCAUUGCUUUCUUGCCAGCUAGUAUCUCUUAUCUCAUUGGAACCAAUAUUUUUGGGAUACUUGCUCACAAAAUGGGGAGGUGGCUUUGUGCUCUUCUAGGAAUGAUAAUUGUUGGAAUCAGCAUUUUAUGUAUUCCUUUUGCGAAAAACAUUUAUGGACUCAUAGCUCCUAACUUUGGAGUUGGUUUUGCAAUUGGGAUGGUGGAUUCCUCAAUGAUGCCCAUCAUGGGCUACCUGGUAGACCUGAGGCACGUGUCUGUCUAUGGGAGUGUGUAUGCCAUUGCAGAUGUGGCAUUUUGUAUGGGCUACGCUAUAGGUCCUUCCGCUGGUGGGGCUAUCGCAAAGGCAAUUGGAUUUCCAUGGCUCAUGACAAUUAUUGGAAUAAUUGAUAUCCUUUUUGCUCCUCUCUGCUUUUUUCUUCGAAGUCCACCUGCCAGGGAAGAAAAAAUGGCUAUUCUCAUGGAUCACAACUGCCCCAUUAAAACAAAAAUGUACACUCAGAAUAAUAUCCAGUCGUAUCCGAUAGGUGAUGAUGAAGAAUCUGAAAGUGACUGAGACCUUCAAAAGUCAUCAAUGUAUUUAAUUGUAUAAAACAGUGUUUCCAGUGAAAUGACUCAUCCAGAACUGUCUUAGGCAUACCAUUCAUCCCUGGUGACAGGUUAUUCUUUCUUUUCCAUGGUUAUGAUCGAUUGCCAACAGCCUUAUAAAGAAAAAGCAGCUUUUCUAGGGGUUUGUAUAAAUAGUGUUGAAAACUUUAUUUUAUGUAUUUGAUUUUAAAUAUUAUACAAUAUAUUUUGACGAAAUAUAGUGUAAAUCUAUAAAUAUUUGAAUUCAAAUCAAAUAUAAUUUUUUAACUUACAUUCACAGACACCUGGGCAAAAAGUCUUGUAUUUUUUCUGAGUAUUGGUAAUGAGUGUUUAAAACUAAAGCACACAUUAUCUCCGAGACACUUCCAACAAUGAGAAACUAGGACCUCUGAAAAAACAGAAUUAAGACAGCAUAUAUUAUGUAGUGACACUGAGUGCUGAGUUAAACUUGUAAUUACUAUCAAUGUAUUUAUGAGUUAAAAGCUAGUUAUCUCAAAUGCAGAGACAAGAACUUGGAGUCAGUCAUCUUUUGGAUUUAUCUAUGAAUCUUAGCUGGCAUUAGUUUUCUAUGUAAUCACCUACCUGGAAACAGAUGGUUGUAAAUGAUAUGUUCACAUGUCAUGUGCUCGGCAGCAAACAUUAAAGCCAAUAAGGGAAAAACAGUGGGUGUUCUCAAAGCAGUGAAAAGCACCCAUAGUUAUGGGCAACUAGAAGCUUUCCCUUUAAGACAUAUACUUGUCUUACCAGAUGGAAGCAAAUUGAGGGUAGAUGUACCUUAUACUGUCAAGGUUGUUUAAGCGUGGUAAGCUGUAUCAACAUCUAGUUCAAAUUUUAGAAAAGAACUUUAAAAGGCUAAUAGCUGCUAUGACAUGGAAAACCCAGACCAUAAUCUUCGACCUGUUUGGAGGUCACCCAGUGUUUUCUAGGGGUCUAUUAAUUUGGAGUUGUCUGAAACUAUUAUUUUCUAGACUGCUGAAAGUUGUUCACAUCAAGGUGAACACAAACUUUGAACAUGAAGGAGUGAAAUUAUAUCUUGAAUCACAUUAGGAAAACAGGUAAAAAUAAUAAGGUGGCCAGGACACACCCCU